UUUUCGCCUUCAAGCCAAAGCUGAAGUUGUCAGGUGAAUUACAAGCUCAAUUUUCCCCAUUCACGAGUGCUCCCAAGCCGAGAUGUUUGAGGAGAGACUGGUGCGAGCGAUCAGGAUGCGGAAGUGUCUGUAUGAGAAGACAAACAGCGACUACAACAACUGCAAGCUGAAGGAGAACGCCUGGGACGAGGUGUCAGAGAGUCUCGGGAUUCCGCUCAACAAAUGCAAGGCUCGCUGGAAGAGUCUGCGGGAGCGCUACGUGCGGGAGGUGAAGAGGAACAGGCGGCUGCGGUGUCCGGAGGACACCAGCUCGUGGCACUUGUUCCCCGAGAUGACCUUCCUGAAGGACUUCAUAUGUCCGCGGACGCGAGACAAUCCGUCCUUCAGCCUCGUCGCGAGGCACAAUGGAGCACUGGCGCUUGGCCCUCUGCUCCAGCGGAGACGCACAAUACCGGAGGAGCGACGGGAUGCGCAGUAUUUAAGCAAUCUGAUGGAGAUCAUGAGCGACUCCUCGGGCGUCGACGAGCAAGAGACUUCUCAGAACUCCCCCGUGCAAACUCCCAACAUCACUGCCGCCUUCAUGAAGCCCCGCGGGCUGGAUGAAGUGCCAACCAGGACGAAUGGCGAGGACUUAUCCAGCUCACAACCUCGCGAGGCUGCUCAGCAAAUUCCACCGCACGAGAUCAACAUUCAACCCGCCCCAAUUCAUCCAGCCAACGCGGGAUUCUUCCUGAUGCUGGACAAGAUGCUCAAGAGACUCCCGCCGGAGGAUGUGGUGGAUUUUCAGAUGGACAUCCUGAAUUUUGUGCACCAAAAGGCAACUGAACAGAGGCCAAAAAGGGAGAUAAUUUAUGCUUCCGACGAGUAAUCAACAUAUUUUGAUAGAGCGCUAAGCGAUUUCUUAUCAUUUAAGACAGAUUGUGCCAUUUUUGUGCUUUCCUUUUGCAAUAUCAUCACGAAAUAAACUAUUCU